UUUUUGAUUGCGGUCUGCGGUUCAAUGGGCCAGCUAGCGUCGACUGACCAGUGUUUUGGGUCAGUCGAUCUCGUGCUGCGGCCUGGCUCGGGCGGCGCGGGGCGCCCGUUAGCAGCCCGGCCCAUUAUCGGUGGAACGCGGACGGUCGGCGUUUUUCUCGGCUUAUCCUCUCCCCCCUCGAGUCUUGUCAGUCACUUCCCCUCCCCUCUCUUCCUCACUAGCUGUCUUCUGCUCUUCCCGUCCCGAGCUAGGGUUCGUGGGUUGCCCUCUUUGCCUCGAGCCAUUCAUUAGUUUCCUUUCUCUGUUUCUCUUUGCCUCUACCCAAGGAUGCUCACCAGAAGAUUUUGUGGUUUUCUCUGGUGUUUUCAGGUCUUUCCAAUCGGUGGGGUUUGCUGCUGCUUAAGGAUUUGGUUUUGGUGCAUCCCAUCAGGUCUCUGGUUGUUCAACGGAUAGUCUGCUUGUGCAUCUGAAAGUUUGCAGUUAUGGUUUGCCCUCUUUGUCGUUGUCCGGGUGCCCCCUGUGUUCCAUUUGCUGGAGAUCAUGGAGUCCCUGAAGCUUUUGAUGUCGUCCUUGAUGAGAAUUGCUUCAGGAGGAUGUACAUCCCAUGCAAUGUAAGGGCUUCCUUAGCUGCUUACAUUCAGGAGCACAGGAAUGUCGCCCAGAUGUCAGGUUACAAGAGGAUUGAGCCUGCUCUGCUUACCUUUGAGAGCAGAUCUUAUGCUGCUGUCUUUAAGCAUCGAGGCCGUUACUCUAAGUUCUGUGGUGCAGCUUGGAAUGAACUUACCCAGGACUAUGCUCUUUCUGCUGGAGACCGUGUCGUAUUCACUCUGGACCACUCAGUGUUUGAUUUGAAAGUUGAGACUUACCGUGGUGGCCAUAGGAUUUUUCCUACUCCUGAUUGUGCGUUUGAAAAAUUGACUGAUGCAAAGUAUCAGCUUGUUUGCUCUGCUGUCAUGCCUCGGGGUCUGCAAUUCAACUAUCAUGAUAAUCAGGAGUUUGUGACAUCUCUCUUCCGUACAUCAUUUUUUCUGGGAUGCAUGCCAUAUGUUCAUGUGUUGACUCCAACAAAUACUGAGAAGUUCUUAAUGAAAAUUCCAAAGGCCGUUGUCUCCAGCUUGAAGGUCUUCAUUGAUGUGCCAAUGAGUGCUAAUGUUUGUCUCGAAGCUUUCAAGGGUGAAUUGCAUGUCAUAACACCAUCUUCAUACUCUCUGGGCAAGAAAGAUGGCAGGAUGGUGAUUGCCAGGAUGACCUUCAAUCAGUUCCUUGCAGCUGCUAGCUAUGCUAAAGACAAUGUGUUUCUCAUCACUUUCAAGGAAUGCCGUGAUCGCUCAGUUUCAACCGUUUUCCAGCAGCUAAAGUAAAGGGAUCAGCGUAGAGGUCAAUGGAAGAUUUUGCAGUCUGCAGGAUGAUGUUUAGUUCAGUCUGGAGGAUGAACUUUAGUUUAUGUAAUUUUAUCUAUAAACUCAUGGACUUGUUCUAUGUUAGUAUUGUAUAUUUAUGUGGAGGAGUGAACUGAAUGUUUUAUGCUACUACUGCCCUUUUGAAUUAUCCUAUUAGUGCUAUAUUUUGCCAAAUAUGGUGAAAUGUUA